AUGAACCUUCCUCCCCCUGCAGCCUGUAAUUCUUUAGAAACAUUGUCGGCGUCUCUGUGCGGGUACACCCCCAGCAAGACCUGCGCGGACACGUUCGUGUUGGGACUGGCGCCGAGACAAGCGGCUGAGGAGCGUCCAGAACCGGCGCAGAGCGAGGCUGUACAGAACGGGUCGGUGGCGGCCGGAGACGAGGACGAGAGGUCGGAGGACGUGCGGCCGUGUGGGGCGAGCGACGCGCGGACCUGGAGCGAGGCGCGCACACACACCGACCUGCUGUUCUGA